AUGUUGAAUCCGUCGUUGCCGAUAGCUUCAAGAACCAGAAGUAGGACGGAAGCCCACGUCUUGAAGGAGCAUCGUGCACUCAAGCGGAGGAACACUGAGAAGGUGGUGCUGGAGGAGGUGGAGGACGAGCGGAAGGACAAAACUGUUACAUCUUUCGCUUCUCAAAAAGUGACAAACGAAGUCCAUUUUCUGUACCAAAAAUCUGGCGUUGAAAUACAGCAGCGUAAACAGAAUGCAACAAGCCCUGCUGAUGUUUGCAAUCUUUAUAAUGUCGAUGAUGAAGAAGAAGAAGAAGAAGAUGAUUCAAUGGAGGGUUCUGAUGAGGAUCUCACAUCCACAAGCGGAGAAGACAAUGAUGAGUCGGAUGAUUUGGAUUAUUGCGGGGAGGAGAAAGAGAUAGAGAAAAAGAUAGAGAAAGAGAGAAAGAAGGAGAAGAAGAAACGUCGGUGUUCUUCCGGCUCGGACGAUGACGAUGACGACAUUAACGUAGGUUUUGAAGACGAAUUGGACUCACUGUGGACUGAGAUGCAGUUUUUCCUUGCUUCUAACGAGAUUGGUUCAACUCAUCCUUCCCCGGUGGGAACUGAGGAUGCUGCUAAUGUUUGUGGGGUUAAACGGGACAGAUCAUCCCUAUGUCGUCAAGGGGAUCAUAAACUUGUGCUAGACGAAGAAAUUGGAAUAAAAUGCAAAUUUUGCUCUUUUCUGGAACUGGAAAUCAAAUACAUUGCAUCACCUUUAAUGAAACGUCCAUGUGGAAAAUAUGAGAGGCAACACUCUAGCAUUGUGAACUCCUCUAUGUUUGAUGGCCUUCAAGAUCUAGAUCCUCGCAUUGACAUGCCUGGUGAUUCCUCUGCCAAUAUCGAAGGAACAGUAUGGGAAAUUGUUCCAAAUAUAAAAAGUAAACUCCACCCCCAUCAGCGUGAAGGUUUUGAAUUUAUGUGGAGUAAUAUAGAAGGGGGAAUUUAUCGUGAUAAGUCUAAAAACUCAUCCAGCAGCGGUGGAGGAUGCAUCAUAUCUCAUGCUCCUGGGACAGGGAAAACUCUUCUGACCAUCGUCUUUCUUCAGACAUACUUAAAAGAGUAUCCAAGCUCGUGGCCAGUAAUUGUUGCUCCUUGUACAAUGUUGCUAACAUGGAGAGACGAGUUCAUUAAGUGGAAGGUUGAUAUUCCCUUUCACAAUCUAAACAGUGAGGAUUUUUCUGACAAGGAAGAAACGUAUGCAAUUCCUCAUUAUGAGAAACUAAAUAAUGCUACCCUGCAUGCAGAUAAACAUGCUAAGCGUUUGGUGAAACUGCUUUCCUGGAAAUCCAGUGGAGGCGUCUUGGGAAUUAGUUACAACCUUUUCACUAAACUUGCUGGAAAAAAGAAAGGAGGGAAAGGAAAAUGUAAAACUUUAGAUGAUCAAAUCAGUAAAAUCCUUCUUGAUCUUCCUAGGCUUUUUGUCUUUGAUGAAGGACAUAUACCUAGAAAUGCUGAUUCUCUUUUGUGGAAGGCUUUGUCAAGAAUUAAAACCAAACGUCGUAUAAUUCUGUCCGGAACUCCCUUCCAAAACAAUUUCAAAGAGCUCUUCAACACACUCUGGUUAGUUAGACCAACAUUUGCUGAAGGAAUCCAGUACACUAAUCGAUACAAGGAUAAUAUAAGGUGUGGGCGCAAAGGAGACCAAGCAAAAUUGAAAUUUGCCAAUUGGAUUGGUUCUAUUGAAAACGAUGUUGAUAGAAUUAACAAACUGAGAGAGGUUAGAGCUGUGAUUAAGCCUUUUGUUCAUGUGUAUGAAGGCACAAUUCUACAGACUGCACUUCCUGGUUUGAAGCAUUCUCUAGUUGUUUUAUGGCCCACUCAUCUGCAGAAGAAAAUCCUUGAGUGUGUUGAAGAAAUCCUGCAUCGUGUUGAAGAAUUCCUUCAGCGUUCUAGAGAAAAGAAGAAUCCUUUCAAAAAGAGAAGAAAAAACGUAAAGCAAAAUCCACUUGAUUUGGAUCGUUAUGUGUCCUUGAUCUCCAUCCAUCCCUCUUUGUUGAAGCAGCUUUUGAUUCCGCUGUUAGAUGAGAAAGAUACUGAUGACGUUGUCAGCUCCAUUGUUAGCAUGAAGGAGUUAGAAAUGAUAAGACUGAAACCCGAUGAAGGAGUGAAAACAAAAUUCCUCAUGAAUCUGCUUAAGCUUAGUGAAGCCCUGGAGGAAAAGGUUAUAGUUUUCAGUCAAUACAUUGGACCAUUACGCUUAAUAAUGGAGCAGCUUCAAGAUAAUUUAAAAUGGAAGGAAGGUGAGGAGAUAUUCUUAAUGCACGGAAAAUGUGACAUAAAGCAGCGUCAAUGCUCGAUUAAUGUUUUUAAUGAUCCAAAGAGCAAAGUAAGGGUGUUGCUUGCAUCAACUAAGGCUUGCUCUGAAGGUAUUAAUCUUGUUGGAGGUUCAAGGCUGGUAUUGCUUGAUGUCACAUGGAACCCAUCUGUCGAACGACAGGCUAUAUCCCGUGCUUAUAGGCUAGGCCAGAAAAAGGUCGUAUACGUUUACCACCUGAUCUCCUCUGGGCCAAUGGAGGCAACAAAAUAUUAUCGACAAGCUGGGAAGGAUCGGUUAUCUGAGUUAUUGUUCUCUUCAGAUAAAGGUGAUCAUCACAAACAAGUCUGUAAUAUUGUAGAGGAUAAAGUUUUGGAAGAGAUGUUCCAGCAUGAGACGGUCAAGUCAAUGUUUGAAAAGAUCAUAAACGAGCCCAAAGAUUCUGAAUUUUCUGCUUUUGAGGAUCUAUAA